GUAAAGCAUCAAGCACCAAGCAUCAAGACUCAAGCUUCAGGCUUCCGAUUCCCUCGCAUUUGUUUAGAACGUGGCUCGACUGACAUUUUCAUCAGUGUCUCGUAUAAGUACCCACUAUUGCACGAGCCCCCGAUGCUCCAGAUGCGCGUUUGUAACCUCUCUAUCUUCACGUAUCAUUCGAUCACAUUCCAGAUCAUUCGCGGAUCCUCUAAAAGCGUCCUCGAAGACAUAUUGACAUGACGGCGAUCACUAUUCGAGACUUCAUGGGCGCCGCAGAGCAUGGCAGAGUAUCCAUAGCUAACUUCUUGGCGGGAUUCCUGGAGCUCAUGAAGCAACUGCAGCUUUUUCCCCCGAAUCCAAUCCCGGUCGAGGGAGAAGAGGAGCAGAACACCUUGCCGAGAAAUUCCCAGCUUCAGACUGCCUCUGAUUGUUUUUCUAGGCUCGUACUUGGCAUAAUAACAUUUCAGAUAAGAUCUGAUGCAGUACUGCACACGAAAUUCAUGUGUGAAAUGAAGGAAACUGAAAAUGAUACUCGGAACGAUUUACAAUCCUGCCUUCUUUACCGCGGUGUAUCUGCACUAUACAGAGCAUUGCACAAGCCCGAUCGGGGCAGGUUUAAGGAAAUCCAAGUCCAUUCGGAUAUAUGGUUCGCGGUACAUUUCUCUUGCAGAAGCCCUUCACGAGACAGCGAGCUCAAUCCAGUGCUUCUGGAAAGUGCACACACCGGGGUAUCCGAUAACGACAACACAGUUGCCUGGGACUUCCUCGAAAAACUUCCGAAACUGAGCAAUCGAGAAUCAUCGCAGGUACCUCACAACUUGACAGACUUCUUAUCUCUUGGAACUGGAGCACAUGAAUAUGUCAAGCUCGCAAGCGAUCCAGGCCCGUACAAUCCAAUCUUUGCCUGGAAUAUCGUGUUACACUGGAUCCUUCAUGGCUUCCCAGCGAGUAGUGGGGUUCACUUGAUCAUGCACCCAGCCAACCUCCACAUCGCUCAGAUACUAACAGAAUGGUGGAGUGGCAAAAUUGAUGACGUCUCGAUUCCCAUGCAAUUUUUUAAGGACCUUGAGAUUGCCAUAUUCCAUGGACGGAUAGUAGGGCUCCUCGAGACUACCAGGAUGAUAUGAUGCGAUUAUGGCUGUACGAAUUCUGGU